UCUACUAUCACGCCCUAUACACGAUAUUCCAAAAAAAUAAAUAAUACUAAAAGCAACAUCUGUUGCUAUUGGGUAUUGACUUGUUGGGUGACCGUUUGGGGGGUGGUGACCUAUUUUGACGAUCAAACACAUUGACAAGGCCACACGAAUCGUGCGCACCAUUCGUGCGUAAUCGUCGACUAUAUUAUUAUUAUUAUGCAGGGCGCCAGCAUUAUUAUUUCGUGCAAACGUUUCAAUCGCCAGGCAAGUGUCGUGAAGCGUGUAACGUAGCUGUGAACAAUAAUUUAAAAUCUUAGACGUUACACUUGUAUUUGAACAUCUACCCGUCAUUCGUCUUAGCACAGGUUUCUAUUAAAUCGAGAAAGUGAUUGGAAAAGUCGAUCAAGAACACGGUGUGCAGUGAAGACAAAAGUAGUUGUAGCAGAAAAAUGAACCAAGGCCAAGAACCAGCCAUUAACAAUUGCAGAGCAAGAGAUUCAUCUAGAGAAUGCUGCUGCAUUAUUUGCUAUGAUAAAUGUGUUUGUGUCAAGCUUUCACCAUGUGAACAUAAAUUUUGUUCGGCGUGCGUUGUAAAAAUGACCAAAAAAAAUAUAAAUAACUGUCCGAUAUGCCGUAGACAAGUGAAUCAAAUAUCACAUAUAGAUCCAUUGUCGACUGAUUAAAAUUACUUUUAUUUUUGAAAAAAUCUCCGUUUACAAUAAUUAAGCUAAUUAUUUUCGCCAAUGUAUGCAAACUGAAAUUGUAUUUUAAUAUGAUUACUUUCAAAAAUCUCA